AUGGGAAAAGAUCCUCAACAGGCUGCUGGUCAGAUCCCGGCCACUGCUCUGCUACCCACAAUGACCCCUGAGGGUCUGGCUGUGACCCCAACACCUGUUCCUGUUGUGGGCAGUCAGAUGACUCGACAGGCCAGGCGGCUUUAUGUCGGCAACAUCCCAUUUGGCAUCACAGAGGAGUCUAUGAUGGACUUCUUCAAUGCUCAGAUGCGUUUGGGUGGCUUGACUCAGGCCCCAGGUAACCCAGUCCUUGCUGUUCAGAUCAACCAGGACAAGAAUUUUGCCUUUUUGGAGUUUCGUUCGGUGGAUGAAACGACACAGGCCAUGGCAUUUGAUGGCAUAAUUUUCCAGGGACAGAGUUUAAAGAUUCGUCGACCACACGACUACCAGCCUCUGCCAGGCAUGAGUGAGAAUCCCAGUGUCUAUGUCCCAGGCGUCGUCUCCACGGUGGUGCCUGAUUCGGCCCAUAAACUCUUCAUUGGCGGUCUGCCAAAUUACCUCAACGAUGACCAGCAAUAA